GGCUAGUAAAAAACAUAACAAUGCUAACGUGUUGUUAAGACUUCACAAUCUCGAAAACGAAGUUAAAGUAAGAGCAUUAGAAGCAGACCUAGAAAAAAUAAAAGUUAAACUAAGUAAAGGAGAAAAAGUAAUCCAAGAACUUGCCUCAAAAAAAACAAGACAACGAAUAAACCUAGAAUUACACGAGGUAGUUAAUUUAAUUAGUGAAAUGAAAUCAGAAGAAAAACAGCAAGAAGAAGAGAAUAGUAGUAAUGAGGAAGGACUAUCUGAUACAGACCAACCAACCGUAUAUCACCUAGAGUUUAUUACAUUUCCCCUUAUUGCUAACGAUCCUACUGACUUAAUAACUCUACAACAAUGGGUUGCAGAAGGUGCUGAAGAAGCAGGGAAAGCACAAAUUGAACAGGAAAGAAAGCUAGUAAGACAUAAAAAUAAGAAAAAUAAAUUAGAAAAACUAAAAAAAUCAAUAGAACCACAAAAAUUAUAG